AUGUCGCCAACCCUGGGCCAGUUAAAUUCAAAUCACUUCACCAACUUCGUCUCCAACCUACACACUGAGCCGUACGCCGCAAUCGACCCUACAAAAGCGAAGCUCUCCUCCCCGUACAUAGUCUGCAUAAUUGGCGGCAGCGGCGCAGCAGGUGGUGGUCUUGCACGAGCCUAUGCACGCGCCGGCGCAUCAGGAGUCAUCCUCGCCGCCCGAUCCGUCCCCAAAUUAGAGGAAGUCGCGAAAGAAGUCCGCUCCAUCAACCCAAGCGCCAAGGUAAUAGUGACCAAAUGUGACGCCUCUUCUGACGAGGAUAACGCGAAGCUCGCCGAGACAGUGAAGAGCGAGUUCUCGGGCCGUCUUGAUGCCGUGGUCGUAAACGCGGGCUACUCGGGGCCUAUGAUCCCAGAUGUCGUCCAAGAGGCUCCAAGUGACUUCCAGAACUCUUUUGAUGUGAAUGUCGUUGGCCCGUUUCUGGCGGCGCAUUAUUUGCUGCCUCUGCUCAUGGCGUCAGAGAAGGGAGCCAAGUCGUUUAUAACUAUUAGCUCGAUAAUGGCGUCUAGAGUCUCGGGUCCAUACGUGCAUGUCUCGUACGCCGUCAGCAAGGCUGCUAUGACACGGCUGACGGAGAUGAUUCAUGAGCAGUAUGGCAGUCGGGGUCUUUUCUCUGCCAGUGUCCAUCCUGGGGGGAUGGUGAGUGAUCUCGCGAAGGUGGCUCCGCCGGAGGUCCUGCCAUUCCUGGUUGAUAGUCCUGAUCUCGUGGGUGCAUUCACUGUCUGGCUAUCCAAGACCGAUGCUCCACAGGCACAAAGAGAUGCUUUGACAGGCCGCUUUCUUUCGUGCAAAUGGGAUGUUUCGGAAUUAGAGGGGAAGUAUAAUGAGAUUCUAGAGAAGGACUUGCUGAAGUUUCGAGUGGCCGUUGACUGA